AUGGGUGUCAUACAAAACAUGGAGCUUGACCCGAUCGCAGAGCACCCGAUCCCGAUUGAUUCUCCUCUCUGGACCCUCCACGCUCGACGUUUUCAAAUCGUUUUGCUGAUCAUGAUCGGUUUUGGAGGAAUGGUUUUCAUGCGAGCAAACAUCGCUUUCGGAAUGGUGUGCAUGAUUAAUUCAACAGCUUUGAGUCAAUCAUCGCAAACCACUCAAAAGCCAAAACUUUUCUCGCCAAAUUUCACUCAAGAGAUCCCGAUUUCGGGAUGUUCAGCAAAAGUCGGAGGUGAUGGAUCUCCAGUGAUGGAUUAUGGAGGUGAAAUCACGUGGGAACCGGAUAUGCAAAAUCUUCUCUUCUCCGCAGCCUUCUGGGGAGCGCUAGCCGGGAUUCUACCAGCAACUCCAAUCGUGCAACACAUGCCCUCUCAUCGCCUCAUUCUUGGUGCAAUUCUGAUCAUUUCUGGGUGUUCCCUCUUGUUUCCAUUCUUCGCCGUUUAUGUCGGCUUUUGGUCGACGUUCAUCUCUAGGUUUAUUAUGGGAUUUGUUGAGAGUCUCGUUCAUCCCUCAAUCGCGGCUCUCUUGUCUCGAUGGUUCCCCGUUGAAGAGCGAUCGACAGCCGUUGCUCUGCAGAAUACAGGUUUAAUCAUCGGCAUGAUUUUGGGUCCUCCAUUGGCCGGCUCGCUAUGCGCUUCCUCAUUGAGAUGGCCGGCUAUUUUCUUUGUAGCUGGAGCUUUUGGCCUCUUGUGGUCGAUUUUCUGGGGUUUCCUCUCUUCACACAGUCCUGAUCAGGAUACGCGAAUGGGGAAAAUCGAAAAGGAGUACUUGACACAAAAUCAAUCAAAUCCACAAGCACAGAAGAAACGAGUCUCCGUCCCCUACGUUGCCAUCUUUCUCUCCACGCCUUUCUGGGCCAUUAAUAUUGUUCAAUUCUCUUUGAAUCUCUACGCCACUUUCAUCCAAGUCUACUUGCCAUUAUUCUACAAAGAAGUGCUCUAUCUGGAUGUGGUUAUGAACGGAGUCUUCGUGGCCGUUCCCUAUGUCGUGAAUGGGGUCUUCAACGUUGGCUAUAGUAUCUUCAUCGAUCGAUUGAAGAAAAGCGGAAAGAUCACUCCAACACACGCUGUGAAAUUGUCUCAAUUCUUGGCAAAUCUCGGCACAGGUUUGGCGUUUGUGAUGAUCGCUUGGUUGGCUGAUUGCUCACAUGCAAACGCGAUUUUGGUCAUUCUCAGCUUCUCAUCGGUUUUCUUGGCGAUGUUUGCGAGUGGAAUGUUCACGUCACUUCUCUCAAUCGCUCCUCAAUACACAGCCACUCUCUGCUCAAUGUCUCUAUUUCCAGCAAUGCUUGGACGACUAUUUUGUCCGUACAUCGUUUCAGUUUUCAGACACGCGGGCACCCCGGAAGAAUGGCAACGAAUUCUGCUACUAAUCGGUGCUUUCUCCCUAGGAACUGGAGUGUUGUUUGCGAUUUUUGGAACAGCCGACAUCCAACCUUGGGCACUCACCGAUGAAGGUGGGAAAGGUUUCUCUUUCGAGGCGCAAAACCUUAAAUACGCGGAGUCGAGGGAUUUGGGUCGAUCGCAGAAUAUUGGAAGAAAGGAUUCUCGUUUACCGAGUGGCCCUGUAGGAUUCCCGUCUGAUCUCACUACUUCUGUUAUGUCUAUAGACCGGGCUAUG